AUGACAAACAAAAGCGGCACUUAUUUAGUUGGGUUUAACUACUUAUGGUUGGGUUGUCCACAAUCGCUGUGUUUAUCAGGAACUAUAGACGCGGCCACACGUUUGACCAACGGAUCAGUCUAUGUAUUUCGUGGUAACUAUUACUGGGAUCUCAAAUAUCCCCCUUUAGUUAAGUACGCAAAGAGUGUCAUUGAAUGGAAAGGAAAUAAUAAAGACUCGGAUACACACGCUGAUAAACAAUAUGUAUGGAACUGGGAGUCAAUUGCUGAGACACACCAUUUAAGUGAUGUUGAAUUCCUUCAUAAAAUCGAUGCUUCAUUUCAUGUGACCAACAAAAGUCUCUAUUAUUUUAGAGUUACCGAAUAA